AUGGGCUCUUCGGCCUCCAAGAUUGGCCGCGCGGCUCCGGCGGUUGCACGGCGAUAUCCACCGCGGGAAUAUAGUGGUCAGGCGCCGCCAAAUCUGCGUCCUGCUGACCAGAGUACACGACAAUCAAGGCAACCAAGGGGCAAUAGCAAAAUGGGCGAUGAAGCAAAAGCAGAUGGAAACGACCCUGACUUCGCAUCUGCCGACUUCUCCCAACGUCUCCAUGAAAUGGGCAUGGUACAACCGAAUGUAACAUCCUCACCGUCAUCAACACCCAAAAAUGAUGUCCGAAAAGUGGCAAGCGAUCCCUCAAUGAUUCAAUACCCGCCAAACAAACAGAAUGCUACAUUAUCGGUCCUGGAAGCCCGUCGACAUCUCCAACAACAGGCGAAUGAUGAUAUCGCUAAAACCGGACUACAUGGAAGGCAGUACAAAAGAUUCGUCGACACGAGGAUCUUGAUCAACACCAUCAAACUGCGGGAUCAGGGUAUACCAUAUGCGGAAAUUGAGGAGCGCCACUGCCUCGAGCCUGGAACAGUCAAAAAACUUGGUCGUCAUGGAGUGUUUUCACAUGUCUCUGCAACUAGGUAA